AUGGUGCCAAGCGCGACAAGCGCCCGCGACCGGACAAUAUCAACCCCCGCUGUCGCAACCCGCGCGAAGACGCAGGGGUCGAGAGAGGCCGCGGAGCGCAGGCUCAUCGCGGACCUCCAGCUCGAGAACGCGACGUACAAGGAGGAGAUAACCGAGCUCGAAGACGAACUUGAAGCCAUGGAGGACAUGACGAAAGAGCUCACGGAUGCGCGGAAGAGGUUGACACAAGCAGCGAUCGAGCGAAAGGAGGUCGAGGAUACGUGGCAGAAGCAGGUUCAAGCCCUCGAGAAGCAACACAAGGCCAAGAAGAUCGCUCUCAAGAAGCAGCUUCAAACGCAACGCGCAAGUGUCGAGACGAUGACGACCUCGAUCGAAGACGUGCGUCAGCAACUCGCAGAUGAGAAGGACCGCGUCGCCGACCUUGAACGGCAGCUCCGCGACGAAACGUCGACGAGCCGCUCGUGGAAGGACCGCUUCGAGCAGCUUUCGGCGCAAAUCGCGACAGCGGAGCAAGAAGAGAAGACAGAUGCUCCUACCCAGCAGCAGCCAGCGAUCCGCACUUGGCGCGUCCUCCGGACAACGCUGCAAGACGAGAUGCAUGCGCGCGUCCAGCAGGGAGUCGGCGCAGAUCUCAUUGCCGAUUGGUGCCAUGUCGCCCCAGCGUACAUUGCACUGCUACCAUCUCAGUCGGUGCCCGAGUCCUCCAACCUGCAGUGCUUCGAAUGCUGCAUUUGCCUCGAGUCGUACAAGGUCGGGGAGGACGUGCUCACGCUGCCGUUUUGGAACGGCAUGCCACCGGUCUUGAGCGAAGAGCUCGAGAAGCUCGUGCUCGCAAUGGUGCGCCCGCUGCCGGACCUCGUCCGGUGGCAGCUCGUCUGCAAGCGCUGGCGGCGCCUGCUCACCGACCCGACGUGGCUUCCGCCGACCGUGCUCGACAUGGACGUGCUCCGGCCGCUCUCGGCGGCGCAGUACGCGGCGCUUCUCCAGCGGUGGCGCGGUACUACGGUACUGCAAAUGACGCUGCAGGCGACGAUUCCCCACGAGCAGCAGUGGCACAUGGACAUUGGCCGGCACCUGGACCGCCUCUGCGAGCUGCGCCUGCGCACGACGUCCACAAAAGCGGUCUUGGCCAUCCUCACGCAUUGCCGGCAGCUCCAUACGCUCGAACUGCUGGAAUGCCGCAGCUUGGUGCUGCCAAAGCUGCCCGAGCCGGUCGCGCUCGCCGUGCUGCAGAUGCACACGGCGACGCGACUCAUGCCGACGACGCUGGCCAACUUUCUGCGCAAAUGCCCCGAGCUGAAGAGCUUAACCAUCACAGGUAGUACCUCCAGGAUAAUCAUCAUCUGA